UUGAACUGUGAGAUACGUUCAGAAACUGACCAACUGAAGGACAAGCAGAGAGAGCUCCUGGUGGGACGUUGGGACACCUGUAGUGAUAAAGUUGAGACCAAGGUGGGAAUAUCAUGUGUGUAUCUCGGCUGGUUUUACUGUUUGGGCUGCUUCUAUGUGUGGGGGCUCAGCUGUCCAACGCCCAGCACUGGUCCCAUGGUUGGUACCCCGGAGGCAAGAGGGAACUGGACUCUUUUGGCACGUCAGAGAUUUCGGAGGAGAUUAAGCUGUGUGAGGCAGGAGAAUGCAGCUACUUGAGACCUCAGAGGAGGAAUGUUCUGAGAAAUAUCAUUCUGGAUGCCUUAGCCAGAGAGCUCCAGAAGAGGAAGUGACAGCUCUCCACCCUAUACUGCUUUUCUACCCUCUUCUUCUGUAUUCUUGUCUUUGUGUGAAAUAACUUUAUGAUGAUCUAUUUCAUGGAGUUGUCAGUAAAUUUGUUUUCCAGCAUUACAUGGAUUU